ACUUUGAGAAGCUUUAGAAAAGCGAACGAUAUGGAUCCAUCCGCCGCUCUGUUAUCUUCCAGAUUAUCCUACUCUCCCUACACUCCUCAUAGACUAUCGGUCAACCCUUAUUUUAUGAGUGUACCAAGCCGAAGAGGUUUAGAAAGUGCUGCUCAGAAGCCCCCUUACUCAUAUAUUGCUCUAAUUGCAAUGGCGAUAAAAAACGCACCGGACAGGAAGAUUACCCUUUCCGGAAUUUAUCAAUUUAUUAUGGAAAGAUUUCCUUACUAUCAUGACAACAAACAAGGCUGGCAGAACUCGAUUCGACAUAAUUUGUCUUUAAACGAUUGCUUCGUUAAAGUCGCUAGAGAUAAAAACGCUCCCGGAAAAGGAAAUUACUGGACUUUAGAUGCUAAAUGUGAGGAGAUGUUUGAAAACGGAAAUUAUCGGAGAAGAAAAAGAAGACCAAAAGGUCAGCAGCAAAAUGCUAAAAAGAAUGGGGUCGAAAUUCAAAAGUUGGACAACGAGUCUUGUAGUGACGAGGAAGAUGAAACUGAUGAAGAAACAGUUCGCAAGUCGAAGUUGUUCACGAUUGACAGCCUUUUAUCGAACCGUUCACCAAUUGAAAGUUCGCGAAGAAAGAAUAUUUUUGACUCAAUACCUAAUCCGCCACCGAAGGUCGUUGACAUAGACAAUUUGGCUCAGUGUGGAAGAAAUCAAUCAUAUCCGUCUUUUCCCUCUUUCUGUCUUCCUUCUUUGUCCGCGUGGAACAGUCAACUUCUUAAUUUUAUGCCUAUAAUGAAUUCCAGGUCGUAA